GCGCAUGCGCGAAAACACGCUGACCUUUCAGCCUCGCGCUCGUGCUUUUAACCAUGGCGGUUCCCGGCGUGGGGCUUUUGACCCGUUUGCACCUGUGUGCCCAGAGAAGAACUCGAGUCCAGCGGCCUAUCCUCAGACUUUUGAGUUGCCCAGGAACUGUGGCCGAAGACCUCAGGAGGGACGAGCAGCCUUCAGGGAGCGUGGAGACAGGUGAUGGCGCCGUGGCCUCGGUUUGCUCUGUAGCUCCUUCCCACAGCGGGCGAGGAAGGGGGAAGAGUCUGGGAUCACGGGGGAACACGUGGUCUGUGGAAACGGCCGUGGACCCUUUGGCAAGAGAGUGGGGCUGUGUCCUGUCCUCCUCUCCUCUGAUCUCUCUAGGGGAACCCAGGGUCGCCGCUGUUGCUGAGGCAGAAGUGAGAUGUGUGAUGUUUCUUUGGGGCGACUCCUGUGUACAGGGUCUCUAUGCUGUUGUAGAAUUUUGCCGAAAGGAAAGUGUAGGUUCACUGCAAAAUGGAACUCGUACUCCAAACAUGGCCAUGGAGACUGCAAUUCCAUUCAGAUCACGUUUCCUCAGUCUGAAGUUGAAAAACCAGACUUCUGAACAGUCAUGCAUACAGUCGAGUGAUCAGUUGCCACCUACAAACAGGAAGCUCUUUGAAUUACUAUGUUAUGCAGAAAGUAUAGACGAUCAGCUGAACACUCUCUUGAAGGAGUUCCAGCUAACAGAGGAGAACACUAAGCUCCGAUAUCUCACCUGUUCUCUCAUUGAAGACAUAGCCGCCGCAUAUUUUCCGGACUGCGUAGUCAGACCCUUUGGCUCCUCAGUCAAUACUUUCGGGAAGUUAGGAUGUGAUUUGGACAUGUUUUUGGAUCUAGAUGAAACCCGAAACCUCAGCACUCACAAGGUAAGUGUAUUUCUCUUGACCACUAUUUCUGAACUCCUUUAUAUAUAUGGUACCCUAGACUCAAGAGUGAGAGCCUUGGUGUUCGGUAUACGAUGCUGGGCUCGAGCACAUUCGCUAACAAGUAGUAUUCCUGGUGCAUGGAUUACAAAUUUCUCCCUUACAAUGAUGGUCAUCUUUUUUCUCCAGAGAAGAUCACCCCCUAUUCUUCCAACACUAGAUUCCUUAAAAACCCUAGCAGGUAAGACUAGUAAAUGUAUAAUAGAAGGCAACAACUGCACAUUUGUUCGUGACUUGAUUUUUUUUUUUUUUUCAGGGAAUACAGAAACAUUAGAAUUUUUUUUUUUUUUUUUUUUUGAGUACUUCGGCAAUUUUGCUUUCAAUAAAAAUUCCAUAAUUUUUUUUUUUUUUAAUAAUGUUUCACUAGGAAGGGAGCAAAACAAACCUGACUCUUCUCCUCUGUACAUUCAGAAUCCAUUUGAAACUUCUCUCAACAUAAGCAAAAAUGUAAGUCAAAGCCAGCUGCAAAAAUUUGUAGAUUUGGCCCAAGAAAGUGCCUGGAUUUUUUUUUUUUUUGAUACAGACCGACUUUCCGUAUCAAGUCAUCAGCCCUGGGGGCUGGUUUUUUUUUUUUUUCCAUCUGUUCCAAACAGAAGGUCCGUAACCAAGAAGAAAAGAAAAGUUUUUUUUUUUUUUAGCAUCAAAAACUUGUUAGAAUCUUUAAAAAGUAACAGAACAGCAAUUUUUUUUUUUUUUAAUGAGAAGAGAACAAUUAGUACUCAGACAUGAUGACUGCUACGUUAUGUAAAGAACUGGGCUUAUCCUAUCAAACUGUCUGUGGACUACUUGGAAAAAC